AUGGAAGAAGCGCAAGCUUCAAUCGUAGAAGUCUGUCAAAAUAUGCACAGCAUGCUAUCGACAGAAGAAAUAAAGAACUUAGUAAUCACUGAAUUAAAUGUGUUAAAAGGUAUACCAUUGGAUACCGUUAUGUAUGGAAAGGAUCUGUUAAAUCAGGUGUUGAAGGAUCAUGUUGAGUCAUUCAUAUGUUACACUCGUGGAAAGAAAGGACAGCAAUGUAUAGAAAUACAAGAACCUACUGUUUAUGUGUACAAAUUAACUGCAGAAUCUGCAGCCACAGAGACAAUGGAAAAUGGUGGAAGCGAUCUCCCAAUAUCCUUUCAUUGGAUAUUGCCUGCAAAAGAAUUCCAUUACUUAUGGGAAAAUCUCUACUUUGAACCUGGUGUGAAGGAAAAUCUACUGAAUUUUGUAGAAACAGCAAUGAUAUUCUCUGAGCAUAAAGUUAACAGUAAUAUUAUCAAUUGCAAUAAAGUGGUACUAUUGCAUGGGCCACCAGGCAGUGGAAAAACUAGUUUGUGCAAAGCCCUUGCUCAAAAGAUGACCAUUGUACUGGGUAACAGAUUUACACAUGGUGAAUUAGUUGAAAUAAACAGCCAUAGUCUAUUCUCAAAGUGGUUCUCAGAGAGUGGUAAACUAGUUAUGCAAUUGUUUAGUGAACUAAGACAUCUUCUUGAAAAUCCACAAGCCUUAGUCUGCAUUUUGAUCGACGAAGUAGAGACCUUAGCUCAUGCUCGAAAGGCGUGUAGCAACGGAAUCGAGCCAACUGAUUCUAUAAGAGUAGUCAACGCCCUGUUAACGCAACUGGACCAAAUAAAACAAUACCCAAACGUUUUAAUCCUGACAACCAGUAACUUAUCAGAAGCCAUUGACUUAGCAUUUAUUGAUAGAGCAGACAUAAAGCAGUACAUUGGCCAGCCCAGUAAUGAAGCUAUAUAUCAUAUUUAUCAUUCAUGUCUUACAGAAUUGAUGAGGACAAAACUCGUGGAAGAGGAAAAGACCUCUGAACUGGAGAACAUUUAUUCAAAAUUAAAGAAUCUCAGUAGGAUGAGUGCCGGUCUGAGUGGGCGAAGUUUAAGGAAAAUACCAUUUUUAACUUACGCCUUUCAUCUGCAAAACAAACAAUGCACUUUGAAGAGAUUCUUAAGCGCUAUGUACGUAACCAUCAUCGAACAGAAAAAAUCUGACCUAUUCAUCGAUAGAACGAGAAAAAUAUCAAUACACAGUGCUCCCUCGAACGAUGCAGAGAUUAAGGACGCCGACCGUCUACGUAGAUAGAUACCCUUUACAAAAAUGUGAAAUAUAUUUAUAUUCGUUCUCUCAAGUUCGACUGUUGUUUAUUAUGUAUUUGAAUUUGGUACAACU